AUGCGACACUACCGCUGGGCUCUACUCGCCAUACCCCUCGCUCCCACUCUGAUCCUCUCGGCUCCGCGCGCCCACGCUGUUAUGGCUUCCGCCUCCGGUCCGUCAACGUCAACGUCACCGGUUGCUGAUCCGUCAAAGUUCGGCUACCGGUCGACGGCGGAAGAUGUGACGGCGGGCGUCGAUUUGAGCGGCAAAGUGGCAAUUGUAACGGCACGCGCGAAUUCCCCUUCCCGCGCGAACCUCGUCCUCGUGCCAAUGUUCUCCCCACGCGCGCAUGUCGCCCCUCUCUCUUUCCGCCGCGCUAAUUUCUUCUUCCUCCCCCUCUUCCGACACCCUUGUGGCGCGAAUUUCCUCCCCCCAGGUGGCAGCAGCGGCAUCGGCACGGAGACGGCGCGGGUGCUGGCGCUGCGAGGCGCGUUCGUGGUGCCCGUGGUGCGGAACACGGAGGCGGGGGAGGCCGCCAAAGCCGCCAUCAUCAAGGACAUCGAGGGGCAGAGCGCAGCGGUGGCGGGGGUUCCGGCGGCGGUGCGCGAGCGCGUGAGCGUGAUGCCGCUGGAUUUGGCGUCGCUCAAGUCGGUGCGCGCGUUCGCCGCGGAUUACUUGGGCCUUAACCGCCCGCUGCACCUGCUCAUCAACAAUGCGGGCGUGAUGAUAUGCCCGUUCAUGCUCACUGCGGACGGCCAUGAGAACCAGUUCGGCACCAAUCACGUGGGUGAGUGCAGGGAGGCAACCACGUGGGCUGAUCGCACCACUCCUCCACUGCCUCCCUCUCCCCCUUUCUUCCGUCCCUCCGCCCCCCCUCCCCCUCUCUUCCCUUUCACCCUCUUCCCCCCUUCCCCUGCACACACCCCCCACCCAAUUGCAUCGCACGUCGUACCCCCUUUAGGCCACUUCCUGUUGACCAACCUGCUGCUGCCGAAGCUCAAGGAAACUGCCAAGCAGGAGGGCGCAGAGGCGCGCAUCGUGAUCGUGUCCUCCGCCGCGCACCAGUUCCCGUACCCGGGCGGCAUCCGCUUUGACGCCAUCAACGCCAAGGAGGGGUACGACUCGGUGAGGGCGUACGGGCAGUCCAAGCUCGCUAAUAUCCUGCACGCACGGGAGCUCGCACGGCGGCUCAAGGUGCAUGGCUGUGGGAGAGGAGGGUGUGUAUGA